AGGGUGGUCAGGGCCAGGUAGGCCCUCACAAUGGGCUAGAACCCUCCCUCCCUCUGGGUUCUCACCCACUUGACUCCUCUCCCUGCCCCAGGGAGGGGAGGAGAGGCCUGGGAUGAGUCGAGGGGGGCAGCUCUACCUCUGGAUUUCUUAUUUCCUGCUUUGCUGCUGUGCCUGAAGCUCCUCAGCUCCCACGACACUUCUGGGGGGAGGCAGGGGCAGCUGGGGAAGGGGAUUCCUACAGCCUGUCUUCUACCCCGCCCCCACCCUGAUGCUGGUCCUUCCCACAACUUUGCGUUUGUGGUGUCAGGAAAUAUGGCUGUGGUGAUGAGAUUCUUCAAGUGGGUUAGGCGAGUUUGGUGCAAGAUUUCUUGCUGGAUCCUCUCCUGGAGACACAGAACAAAGCCAGCCAUCUUGGACACCUCUGCCUCCAAGAAGCAGGCACUGAAGAAGACAGAGACCCCCAAGGUGUUUGAGACGUUCAAGUUGGUUGAGUCCACCAAAGAGGCCAAGACACCAAGGACAGAUGAGUGCCCCAAGGUGGCUGGGUCCCUCGUGUCUGCCAGGGUCCCAGACCGGCCCCAGACGGAGCCGGGCCGCCCGAGCCGGUCCCUGCUGCGGCUGCCCCGCACCGCUAUGCGGUCCAUGUCCACGCUCAUGCUCUCAGCCCUGCAGACUGGCUGGCAAAUGUGCAGUUGGAAGUCGUCUCUGAGUUCUGCCUCAGGGGUCCGCCAGAUGAAGAGCCCAUGGGAGUCCCCAGAGGCGGAGAUGCUACGGGAAGUAUACCUGGUGUUGUGGGCCAUCCGGAGGCAGCUGCGACAGCUGGCCCGCAGACAGGAGCGGCGGCGGCACCACGCCCGGCCCCUGUCUCCCCAACCUGACCAAGCACAGGUGCUAAAGGAGGAUGCCCGAAGUCCCCUCUAAGGGGAGAGCCCCAGAGCCUCCGAAAGCCCCCGCCUGACUCCUAGGUAAGGUGGACUGCAGGGGUCAGAGCUGCAGGCCCGAGCUGUGGGUGAGGGGACAUUGUUAUCCUGUCCCCACUCAUUGGAAACCCAAGGUCUGGCUUGAGUCCUGCAUACUCCCCUUCAUUCCAUGUAUUCAAUGUGUAAAAAAAAAAAAAGUUACCCAAAUAUUGGAAAAUAAAUCAGAUAUUUCUGAGUAAA